UAGAGGAGGUGGAGGAGGAGACCACAGAAGCCAAGGCAGAAGAACAAGAAGAUGAAACGAAAGCAGCAGGAGAAGGUGGAGAGGGAGAGCGGGAGCAGGAGCCCGGGGAAGGUGAAUCGAAGCCAAAACCCAAGGUCUUCAUGCCCAACCUGGUGCCCCCCAAGAUCCCAGAUGGCGAGAGACUGGAUUUUGACGACAUUCACCGCAAGCGCAUGGAGAAGGACCUGAAUGAGCUGCAGGCCCUCAUCGAAGCCCACUUUGAGAGCAGGAAGAAGGAGGAAGAGGAGCUCCUGUCCCUCAAGGACAGGAUUGAGCAGCGGCGAGCGGAGCGGGCGGAGCAGCAGCGGAUCCGUAGCGAGCGGGAGAAGGAGCGUCAGGCCCGCAUGGCCGAGGAAAGAGCUCGCAAGGAGGAAGAGGAGGCGCGGAAGAGGGCGGAGGAGGAGGCGCGGAAGAAGAAGGCAUUCUCCAACAUGCUGCACUUUGGGGGAUACAUGCAGAAGUCAGAAAAAAAGGGUGGGAAGAAGCAAACAGAGCGGGAAAAGAAGAAGAAGAUCCUCAGUGAGCGACGGAAGCCCCUGAACAUCGACCACCUCAGUGAGGACAAGCUGAGGGACAAGGCCAAGGAGCUGUGGCAGAACAUCCAUGACCUGGAGGCUGAGAAAUUUGACCUGCAGGAGAAGUUCAAGCGGCAGAAAUACGAGAUCAAUGUUCUUCGAAACCGCAUCAGUGACCACCAGAAAGUGUAAGUGGCUGCACAUCCCUCCUCCAUCUCCUGUCCUUCCAGCUCCAGCUCCCUGCUCCCCAGUUCCCUCCCGAUGGAUCUCCCUUGCUAAACCACUUCCUCCCCUUCCCCCUCUGGCUGGUGCCCAGCAUUCCUGGACCUGCAGGUCUGUUCCAGGAUCUCAGUCCCUGCCCGUCUGCUCCUGAGGGACCUCCAUGGUCCCACUGUCACCAGCUUCCCCCUCCCCAGAGAUCUCAGUGGGGGAUGGACCCCAGGGAGACCCCACCUCUGCAUGGGAAGCUUUGUGUCCUCUGGGGUCCUUCCAGUCUCCAGCAGGGGCUCUGCCCAGCAUCUCAGGAAGCUGCUGGAGAUCCCAGCUUGUCUAGCAGGGGAAGUCCCACGGGCUGUGGGAUUUGUGCAGGUACAGGGAACCUGUCCCCAUGCCCAUGGUCUCUGCCCGUGGCUGGGGAACCCUUCAUAGGAGGGUGGAAGAGGCUGUUUGACUCCUACUCCCGGGAGCACCCUGGUGCUCUCACAUCCCCAUCCCACUUGCCCCUCAUGUGGGAGGUGCUCAGCCCACCCCGUGUGUCAGGGGCAGCAGCUCCCACCCACUGACACCAGGUCUCUCUUCUCUCCUGCCCCACCAUGGCGUGAUCCUGCAGCAAAGGGUAAGUACAGGCAUUUCUGAGAGCUGUGUGUGUCCCUGCACUGGUGCUGUGUCUGUGUUCCUGCACAGGUGCUUUGUGUGUGUGUGUGUGUGUGUGUGUGUCUGUCCCUGCACAGGUGCUGCGUGUGUGUCUCACUCUGUUUGUGUUGCAGGGACACCAGGACCCCAGGGCAGAAACAGGGCUCAGGGACAAGGCAAUCAUAGCAUUGGCAGCCAAGAAUGUCCUUCACUGCCCUUCACUGCCCACUCAAACCUCCUCCUCCUCUGUGCUCCCCUGUGCUCGUUAAGGCGAGCGAUGGGCUGGGUCCUGAAGGAUCCUGCAGCUGCUUUUAUCCCUCUGCAGCCACAGAUGCAACUUGUCAGUUCUUCUUGGAAUGAUUCUUGGGGGGGAGAAACAUGAGAAGGAAAUGGUGGGUCCUUAGAAACACCUGUCAACUGUGUGAGCUUGUUCCCAGGGAGUCCCAAGUCUCUUUGCCUCAGGUCCCAAGGUUUACCUGGGGCCAGUGGAGACUGCCAGGGCAGUUUCCAACGGGAAACGGUGGCAGGACCACUGACAGCACCCACCUCAUCCUCCCUGUGUGGUCCUUGAUGCCUUUUUGCACGUGCUUUUCCUCUUCCC